AUGUGCAAGUCCUCUUCCGCCUGUGAUACGAAACACAGGUGGUCUCUCAACUACACGGACGAAUCGACAAAUGUCGCUGCCCCAACGCAGCCCUCUCGGGCCUCCGCCGUCCGUGCAGCCAUUGGCAAGUACGAGACUCCUCCAGGGUUCCCGUCGGAAGUAUCCGCUCGCAACUUAUUCAUGCUGCGGAAAGUAACGGCCAGUAGCAAGGCGUCAGGGAGCAAUGGCAAGGAGAGCCCUUCGAAGCCAGACUUGAACGCGGCGUACAGUGCGUCUUGGUCCAUAGCCUUUUCACCGGCUCGGUCCUUGGUAACGUCGGCCUUUGCUCUUUUCAUGAGUAGCACAUCCGUCCAGUUUUUCUCUGUUGCUACGACAAUCACUGUUCUUUUCAUGCAUAUUCAGGCUAUCUUUGCGACUGGAGAGGCAUUUAAACAGGUCGCAAAAUCAGGGAUCCCCACUAAGAUGCUUGCUCCGCAAGUGCUGGUGCACUUACUUUUGAUUUCCGCUGGUGUUGCCGUAGGCCUGUACAAGGCCCAUCUCCUAGGCUUCCUUCCUACAACACAGAGCGACUGGGUUAGCCUCUUACCGCUUCGCAUCAUCGAAGACGGUUAUCUUAGACUCGCAGUGACAAUGUGA